AUGACUAACGCCAGUAACGCCCCCCGAAAGCGUCGCCCAAGCGAUCCUUCUGACGUCUUUGCACAAGAUGACGACUAUGCUUCCAGCAAGAGGCGCUUCGUUCUUCAGGACGAACUCCAACCAACUCUGGUAGACAACAAACAGUCAUCCGUCGAUAAAACAAACCCACUCGAUGUGCUCGCCCAAGCCGCCUCCCUAGUCGGUCGUCUCCCUACGAGUCGCCGCAAACGCGUUGUCCUGAACUCACCAUUACCACCUCCUGGACCAAAGAAGUUCAAUCUCCUUACCGGACUUGCCUCGCAUGUGGAUAUCCUGCUUCAAAUCACGAGUUACCUCCCACCCCAGACACUUCUCAAUCUGUACAGUGUUUCUGCUCCCUUUCACUAUGUGAUGGACAGUCACUUUACCGCAUUCAUCAAGGCAGCCACUUUCAUAUGGGCUCCCAACGCCGAUAAAUGCUUCCCAUGGUGGUGCUACCGUCAACUUUGCAUUGAGGAUCCUGCUUUGCGUCGUCCCAGAACUGAUCGCAGAAGUGUGAGCUGGGAUGAUCUCGUCCCCGCUUCGGAGCCUGAUGUAUCUGCCGAAGGAACUUCUGAUGAAUCUGGAUCUCAAGGUUCCAACGUCUCGGACAGUCCAGCAAGUGUCAAAUCUGAGAGUCCAGCUGAGAGAAAGGAAAGGAUUUCUAAGCUCGCUGAACAUCGACAACAAUCUGCUGCACCAGUGCCAGGGUUCCGCUGGCUGAAGAUGGUGGCGUAUCGUGAGUCUAAAAUGUGGUUUCUCCUUGACAUCCCAGUCAACGCCCCUCGCAUAUCUUUGAUCCACAACACCAGCUUCUUCACCAAGGAAACACUCGCAAUCCUACAACUCUUCUUCAUCAAGCUCGACAUGCUGUAUGUGGAUCCCGUACACUACUACGGCGGCGAAGCGUCCAUGCGUGAAUUGCUGCUCGCAGAACGCAGUCUCACCACCCUCUGGAACUUCUUGCGCGGCGCAGAUGGCACUUCCAAACUAGAUAUCCUGCGCUUGUGGAUCAGACACCGCUACAACAGACCCCAACCCAUCAGACCAAUGACCCGCGAAGCCCACGAACAAUACCAGGCAAAACUGAACAUGCCUAUCAUGGGUGUUCCUGCCGCACUUGUGGGUCGCUGGGGCUACGAGUGUUGGGGACUGAGUCAAGUCCCAUUGCUGCGUCCAGAUCAGUUGGUGCUGAAAGAGGCAGUUAGACGUCGUACUGGUUUGCAAAGGAUGUUCUUGUCAUAUCUUUCGUAUGGCUACUUGGAUGCAGAUUUGAAUCCUUUGCCUACUGUUGUUGAGCCUGAGGAUGUUGUUCUGAGUAUGAUGCGUAGGAAGAAGAAUAGAGAGCUGAAAGAGCAGGAGGAAGAUAAGAUGGUUGUGGACGAAUGA